ACUUUUUAACAUCGCUUAAUUGAAGCUUAACAGUCUAUUCACUACCUAGAUGUCGCAGCAACCUCCUUAUUGGCAAGGUUCCCAGGGCGGCGCGCCCCCUCAGCCGGGCUAUGCGGGGCAGCAACAGCCUGGCCAGGGCUACUACCCGCCGCCUCCAGGCCAACAACCGCCUUACGGUUACCAGCAGCAAGGCCCACCUGGAGGACAGCCAAACCAGCCAUAUCCUCCUGCGGGGCAGCAGUACCCUCCUCCGGGUCAGCAAGGUCAAUAUCAGCAGCAUUCACAAGGCUAUCCACAGCAGCCUCCUUACGGCCAGCAACCACCAGGACACCAAGCGCCUUAUGGGCAACAGCCUCCUCCGGCUCCCUAUGGACAGGGACAGUACCCGCCCCAGCAAUACGGCGGUCCUCAGCAAGGCCAGCCUCCAUACCCUGGUCAGCAACAGCAACAGCCACCUUACCCCGGCCAACAGUGGCAACAGCAGCCUGGACAGCAGCAAUAUGGUGGGCCACCUGUCAAUGUUCCUCCAACGCCAGCAUCACCAGGUUAUGACCCAGCCCAAAAAGCUUGGGUCAAGCCUGUAGACACAGCAGCCGACGUGGAGGCUCUUCGCAAGGCCAUGAAGGGAAUGGGCUGCGACGAAAAGGCCCUGAUUCGCGUUCUCGUCAGCCCGAAAUACGCUGAUCCAUGGACUAUGGCCCAACUGGUCCGCGAUUACAACAGUCGUUUCAUGCGCGAUCUCGCAAAGGACAUUGAGAGUGAGACUCGCGGCGAUUUUGAGACUUGUCUCCUCGCUCUGAUCCGCGGGCCAUUGGAGAACGACGUCUACAAUCUGUCAAAGGCUCUCAACCGCGCAGGUACUGACGAAGAUGCCUUGAACGACGUUCUUAUCUGCCGCUCAAACGCAGACAUCCGUGCCAUUACCGCUGAGUACAAGCGCUUCCGAGGCAAGGAACUUCUUGUCGAUAUCAAGGAAGACGUCGACGACACACUCUACCGCCUCUACAGCAUGGUUCUUGCCGCCAGGCGAGCGGAAGACAAUGCCCCGGUCAUUCCUCAGGAAAUUGACCACAAGGUUACAGAGCUGCAGAGGGCCACUGAGGGAACCAUUGGUGCCAACGCUGUUUCAGUAGCACAGAUCUUCACCAGCAGCAACGACGCACAAAUCCGUGCCAUCAACGACGCAUAUCAGCACAAAUAUCACCGCAGCCUUGAAAGUGUCAUCGAGAAGGAGUUCCGCGGUGACAUGGAAGAUGUGCUACUUCGAAUACUCUACCACGCACAGGAUCGAGCUCGAUCUGAUGCAGGCAGACUCAGUAGACCUCUGAACAAGUCGAUGCGAAAGGAUCGUCUCUUCAUCAACAGGCUCAUAAGUCUCUACUGGGAUCAGGGCCGUUUAUAUCAGACGAAGCAGGCGUACAAACCUGUGACUGGCUCAACGCUGAGUGGGAAUAUCAAGUCGGUUCUGAGCGGUGAUUACAAGGACUUUGCUUUGGCAUUGAUCGGCGAGAAAUAGUUAUAAUGAAGCAAUUGAAACCUCGUCCAGGGGAAUCAGUUUUCGAUAUGGAUUUGGAGAUUAAAUAAAGUCAGCAGUGUUUUGCUUCAUGCAAUAAUAUGGACUACUCUCACCUGCUUCGAUCACUGAUCAUGAAUUGCUAUGUAUUAAUAGUGAAAUUCUGCUGCGGCUGAAAUGUGCAAUUGCGACCCCCUCCACCAACCAGUGAAGCACCAGGUGAAAGACACGUAUCCAUAUUCAUCAAUAAUGAGACUAGGG